AUGCGGUGCUAUGACGAUGAAACCGAGAAAGAUGGAGGGGCUCUUUCCGCAAUGCGCAGCUCAUCCUCAAAUAAGGCACCCGGUUCAACAACCGCCAUGCUCCGCGUUGCCUUAUGGGUAUCCUUCGCGGCAUGGAUCGUCAACUUCGACAAUGGAUACACAGGCACCGUGUUAAUCAUGCCCUCAUACAAAAAGGCCUUCGGAACAUGCACCAAAUUAAUGGAUCCAAUCACCAACACAAUAGUCGAACAAUGCUCCAUUACACCCCUUCAACAAUCCCUCAUCAGUCUGAACUACAUGUUCAUCGGAAUCGGAGGUGGACUAUCAGGUCUCACAGGCCGUUUCCUCGGUCGUCGCGGCACGUUCCAAAUCGGUUGUGCACUCUCCAUAGUGGGUGCAGCUGGUAUGCUGGGAACAGGCGGAACUGGCGAUGCAAGUUUCCUCCACUACAUGAUCUGUCGGUGUAUCAGCGCAAUCGGAUUAGGUCAUUUAAUCGCCGCGAGCACAACAUACGGAUCAGAGUGUAUCGUCGCACAGAAGCGCGGGUUCGCGCUGGGAUUGUACAAUAUCGGAUUAGCUCUGGGCAACGUCAUGUCGAGUGCCGUGUGCGCGGGAUCAGCAAAGCUGGAGCCGGGGAAUAACUGGCAGUGGAAGACGCCUAUCCUUUGUCAGAUUCCGUUCGGAAUUAUUCUUGGGGCGGGGAUUUUGAUGUUUCCCGAGUCGCCUAGGUGGAUUCUUAAUAAUGAUGGAAAUGAGGAUGAAGCAAGGAAGGCAUUUGCGAUUCUUUAUCAGAUGGAUCCUUUUGCGCCGGAGAUUACAGCGCAGAUCGAGGAUGUCAAGGCUCAUAUCAAGGCUGAGAGGGCGAUUGCAAAGUCGACUUCUUGGUAUGAGAUUUAUCAGAAGAAGCAUAUUCUGAGGACUGCUGCUUCAGCACUUAUUCAGAUUGGGCUUUCUAUUACCGGGAUUCAGUUUGUGCAGCCUUACGCCACUACAUUCCUCAGGGGUGUCGGGGUCAGCAACCCGUAUCUGAUCAACGUCAUUAUCGGUGUUUGCAUCCUGGGAGGUUCAGGGAUUGGCCCCUUCGCGGUUGAAUAUGGAGGACGUCGACUCACAAUGUUGCUCGGGUACCUGGCGAUGGCAGUCUGCAUGUUGAUUCUAUCAACUGUUAGCUCGGCACUAGGUCAAGAUGACGCCUCUAAGAUCGUUGUUGUUGUGCUUCUCUGCCUCUGGUCAUUCAUCUUUGGUGGAACAAUCGCUCCAACUGCUUAUCUAGCAUCCGCAGAGAUGCACAGUGUGUCACUGCGCACUUACGGACAAGCGAAUACGACGAUCGUCUAUGGAAUCUUCUCUUUUAGUGCAACUUUCUGGACGCCAUACAUGCUUGAUGCCCAAUAUGGCAACAUGGGGGCGAAUGUGGGAUAUUUCUACGCAGGUGUGACAGUUGUCAUUGCCGCUUUGAUAUUCCUGCUCGUUCCAGAGACUGCCAGUCUCACUCUGGAACAGAUUGAUAAUGUCUUCGACUCGAAGAUUUCAGCAUGGAAGACCUCUGUGGCAGGCAAUAGGAAGAUUGCUAAGAGCAGAGCACUGGUUUUGCAAUCUGCAGAAUAG